GCUGGCGACCGUCAUAAAAAAGAGCGUGCAGGAUCCGGAGCGCUUGUUGCGCCUCGUCCACAGCUAUAAGUGGGAGCCGAAUGUGCAAAUCUUCACGAAGCCCCCUAACCCACAUCCGAUGGCCAACUUCGCCGUCAGCUACGUGCAGUUCCUCAAACGUAAUGUCUGUGGCCUUAUCGAUUAUCGACUGCCCAGUACCACUUCGGAGGUGUACCUGCUCAGGGAGAUCCUCCUCAUGUUCGUUCGGCCCAAUAGCUGUCUGUUCUUUGAGGUGGACAAGAUUACUCAUAAGAUCCAAGUGCGGGAGCACAUCAGCAUCUGCAGUGUGUCGGAGGGCACCAUACGCCACAUCCUCAACACGGAGGUGUUGCGCGCCAUGGACGACAUGUGGAAGGUACGCCGGCUGAUCGAGUCGAAUAUUAUGUACCUGGGGUAUGGCAGCACAGGAACUCUGGGUUGCUUUUUGUACGGCGUGAAGGACCUGCUCCAGCCCAUAUGUGCCUCCCUGCUGGAGUACGAGGUGCUUGUCAGCGCGGAACCCACAAAAGGUUCUCUGCUCGAUUUCGUGGCACGAUUCCGGGAGCCAUUUCGAGAGCUUCACAUCCUGCGCCGUCUGGUGGAUGAUGCCGUCCUGAAAAUUGGUCCGCGAUUCCUGCGCAGCGCCUUUUUAUUGUCCAGGCUUUACAGGCACACUAUGCCCCAUGUGCCGCACCAGAAAAUGGCCACUGCCCUGCUCAUGAUCUCCCUGAAGCGCUACGUGGACAUUAUCGAUGCCUGGUGGAGCCGGGGCUCGCUGGAAGACUUCCAGAGCGAGUUUAUCGUGGAGCGAUGGGUGGAUGAGGUGGACAUUGAACAGAGCGGAACUGUACGCCAGCGAACUCCGGGUGAAGACGACGAUCCGAGGAUUAGGGAAGUUUUCAAACGCAUUCAGCGCUGCCCCUUCUACAGGCUAUUGCUCCAGCACGCUCUGGACUCUGGGGACUCGCAGGAACUGCUGGCCAAUGUGGGUCUGUUGGGCGAGAUGCUCGCGGCCACGUACGACACCAAGCCACGGUCUCUGUACGAGGAGCUGGCCGACCAAUUGAUCGCCCAGGUGAAGGUCUACUCCCCUUGCAUGCCGACGGCGGGGGAAGUGACGGUAGUUGAUCCUAGGGAGGCCCUGAUUCAGGAGCAACAUAACCAGCUAUUGGCCGGUGCAAGCACCAUGGGCAAUCCCGAUCUGCAAACGCUGUUUGUCGGCAUGGUGGAGGAGCGGGUGGAGGACAAGCGUGUGAGCGGAAAGAUGCGCCAGCCGCUGGCCGCGGGCAGUCUCCUGAAGCGACUGGAGGGUGCAACGAGGAUGCAGCUGCGCGUCGAGGUGCCGGAAGCUUUGGGAAAAAUCCUCCUCCGGCGGCAGACUCUGGCGAAUGUGUAUGCCAUGCAGGCGUACACGAAGGAGCUCCGAGUGGGCGGCCAUCUGCACUUCCUGCGCCACUCGAUGCUACUGGAGGGCUACUUCAUACUGUUGCCCUUCUACCAGUCGCUCUUCCGGCGGAUCGAAAGUGGCGAGACCUGGACUCGCGCCUCCCAGCUCACCAGCGAGUUGUGCGACGUGCAAUAUACGCACUAUCCGAGGUUCGCCUCUGGCAUGCGCUUUACGGUAACCUCCAAGGUGAAGAGCGGUUCGAUCAAGGUCUACGAAGCCCUGGACGGUCUUGAGAUCGCCUACGACAUGUCCCUCUCGCUGCACCGUGUCAUCCGACGCCGCCACAUGGAGGUCUACAAUGCGGUGUGGCGUCUCAUGCUGAAGAUCAAGUGGGCCCUCUGGAAGUUGGAGAAUCUGUCGUUUAUCCGCCGGUCCAAGGGCGAUCCCUACGCCCCGCUGGAUCUCCUCGGGCUGACGGUGCGCCGGCUGGAGAUCCUACGCUUCUGGCUGAUGUACCUCAUCAACAGCCUGCACACCCACAUCAUGGAGUGCCUGGGACAGCGGGUCGAGACCAAGAUUGAGAAAUGCACAAACAUCCGGCAGCUGAAGAGCCUCAUCGAUGAACACACCACGUCGCUGAAGAACUUCUGCCUGCUCUCCGAUGAGUUCACUGCCUUCCGCAUCGCUCUCGAGCAGCUGUUCCAUCUGGUCUUUGUCCUGGACAUGGAAUGGACCAGCUGCACCAGCUAUCUGAGUGACGAGGGCGAUGCUCUCGGCCUGGAUGCAUCGCUAUCGGAUGACGGCAGUCGGGACUCGACUGGCGGCAAGAGUCUGGAGUAUCUGGCCCUCAACCAAGUGGGCGAGAUCGAGCUGACCUACAUCCGGUGCCAUCAGACCCUGGGCGAGAUUCUCAAUUCCUUGGUCUACAAGGAGGAUCAUGGAUUCUUGACUGCCUUGGAGGUGGCCAUCAAUACCAGCGUUCCGUAUUAAAGAAACCUGAAUCUCGUUGUUAUCGUUAUCCUGAACACCUCUCUGAACCUCACCCACAUCCACAUCCAUUCCAAUCGAAUAAAAGCCUCAUAACACUGUUA